AUGGAAAUUCCCUUCAAGGAAUUAUUGGGCUAUGUCGUCCUGUUGCAACAUCUUGACAUGGAAAUUCCCUUCAUGGUUUCCUUGGGCUCUGUGGUUCUGUGGCAACAUCUUGACAUGGAAAUUCCCUUCAAGGUGUCCGUGGGCUCUGUCGUUCUGUUGCAACAUCUUGACAUGGAAAUUCCCUUCAAGGUGUCCGUGGGCCCUGUAGUUCUGUUGCAACAUCUUGACAUCCAAGUUCUCUUCAAGGUGUCCGUGGGCUCUGUGGUUCUCUCGCAACAUCUUGACAUGGAAAUUCCUUUCAAGGUGUCCGUGGGCUUUGUGGUUCUGUUGCAACAUCUUGACAUGGAAUUUCCCUUCAAGGUUUUCUUGGGCUAUGUCGUUCUGUUGCAAUAUCUUGACAUGCAAAUUCCCUUCAAGGUGUCCGUGGGCUCUGUGGUUUUCUUGCAACAUCUUGACAUGGAAAUUCUCUUCAAGGUGUCCGUGUGCUUUGUGGUUCUGUUGCAACAUCUUGACAUGGAAAUUCCCUUCAAGGUUUUCUCGGGCUAUGUCGUUCUGUUGCAACAUCUUGACAUUCAAGUUCUCUUCAGGGUGUCCUUGGGCUCUGUUGUUCUGUUGCACCAUCUUAGCAUGGAAAUUCCCUUCAGGGUGUCCGCGGGAUUUGUCGUUGGCAACAUCUUGACAUGGAAUUCCUUUCAAGGUGUCCGUGGGCUUGUGGUUCUGUUGCAACAUUUUGACAUGGACAUUCCCUUCAAGGUUUCCUUGGGCUCUGUUGUUCUGUGGCAACAUCUUGACAUUGAAGUUCCCUUCAAGGUGUCCGUGGGCCCUGUAGUUCUGUUGCAACAUCUUGACAUGGAAAUUCCCUUCAAGGUGUCCUUGCGCUCUGUUGUUCUGUUGCAACAUCUUGGCAUGGAAAUUCCCUUCAAGGUGUCCGUGGGCUCUGUGGUUCUGUUGCAACAUCUUGACAUGGAAAUUCCCUUCAAGGUGUCCGUGGGCUUUGUGGUUCUGUUGCAACAUCUUGACAUGGAAAUUCCCUUCAAGGUUUUCUUGGGCUAUGUCGUUCAGUUGCGACAUCUUGACAUGGAAAUUCCCUUCAAGGUUUCCUUGGGCUCUGUGGUUCUGUGGCAACAUCUUGACAUGGAAAUUCCCUUCAAGGUGUCCGUGGGCUUUGUCGUUCUGUGGCAACAUCUUGACAUGGAAAUUCCCUUCAAGGUGUCCGUGGGCUUUGUCGUUCUGUGGCAUCAUCUUGACAUGGAAAUUCCCUUCAAGGUUUUCUUGGGCUCUGUCGUUCUGUUGCAACAUCUUGACAUGGAAAUUCCCUUCAAGGUGUCCGUGGGCCCCGUAGUUCUGUUGCAACAUCUUGACAUUCAAGUUCUCUUCAAGGUGUCCGUGGGCUCUGUGGUUCUGUUGCAACAUCUUGACAUGGAAAUUCCCUUCAAGGUGUCCGUGGGCUCUGUGGUUCUGUUGCAACAUCUUGACAUGGAAAUUCCCUUCAAGGUGUCCUUGGGCUAUGUCGUUCUGUUGCAACAUCUUGACAUGGAAAUUCCCUUCAUGGUUUCCUUGGGCUCUGUGGUUCUGUGGCAACAUCUUGACAUGGAAAUUCCCUUCAAGGUGUCCGUGGGCUCUGUCGUUCUGUUGCAACAUCUUGACAUGGAAACUCCCUUCAAGGUGUCCGUGGGCCCUGUAGUUCUGUUGCAACAUCUUGACAUUCAAGUUCUCUUCAGGGUGUCCUUGGGCUCUGUUGUUCUGUUGCACCAUCUUAGCAUGGAAAUUCCCUUCAAGGUGUCCGUGGGCUCUGUCGUUCUGUUGCAACAUCUUGACAUGGAAGUUCCCUUCAAGGUGUCCGUGUGCCCUGUAGUUCUGUUGCAACAUCUUGACAUUCAAGUUCUCUUUAAGGUGUCCGUGGGCUCUGUGGUUCUGUUGCAACAUCUUGACAUGGAAAUUCCCUUCAAGGAAUUAUUGGGCUAUGUCGUCCUGUUGCAACAUCUUGACAUGGAAAUUCCCUUCAUGGUUUCCUUGGGCUCUGUGGUUCUGUGGCAACAUCUUGACAUGGAAAUUCCCUUCAAGGUGUCCGUGGGCUCUGUCGUUCUGUUGCAACAUCUUGACAUGGAAAUUCCCUUCAAGGUGUCCGUGGGCCCUGUAGUUCUGUUGCAACAUCUUGACAUCCAAGUUCUCUUCAAGGUGUCCGUGGGCUCUGUGGUUCUCUCGCAACAUCUUGACAUGGAAAUUCCCUUCAAGGUGUCCGUGGGCUUUGUGGUUCUGUUGCAACAUCUUGACAUGGAAUUUCCCUUCAAGGUUUUCUUGGGCUAUGUCGUUCUGUUGCAAUAUCUUGACAUGCAAAUUCCCUUCAAGGUGUCCGUGGGCUCUGUGGUUUUCUUGCAACAUCUUGACAUGGAAAUUCUCUUCAAGGUGUCCGUGUGCUUUGUGGUUCUGUUGCAACAUCUUGACAUGGAAAUUCCCUUCAAGGUUUUCUCGGGCUAUGUCGUUCUGUUGCAACAUCUUGACAUUCAAGUUCUCUUCAGGGUGUCCUUGGGCUCUGUUGUUCUGUUGCACCAUCUUAGCAUGGAAAUUCCCUUCAGGGUGUCCGCGGGAUUUGUCGUUGGCAACAUCUUGACAUGGAAUUCCUUUCAAGGUGUCCGUGGGCUUGUGGUUCUGUUGCAACAUUUUGACAUGGAAAUUCCCUUCAAGGUUUCCUUGGGCUCUGUUGUUCUGUGGCAACAUCUUGACAUGGAAGUUCCCUUCAAGGUGUCCGUGGGCCCUGUAGUUCUGUUGCAACAUUUUGACAUGGAAAUUCCCUUCAAGGUGUCCUUGCGCUCUGUUGUUCUGUUGCAACAUCUUGGCAUGGAAAUUCCCUUCAAGGUGUCCGUGGGCUCUGUGGUUCUGUUGCAACAUCUUGACAUGGAAAUUCCCUUCAAGGUGUCCGUGGGCUUUGUGGUUCUGUUGCAACAUCUUGACAUGGAAAUUCCCUUCAAGGUUUUCUUGGGCUAUGUCGUUCAGUUGCGACAUCUUGACAUGGAAAUUCCCUUCAAGGUGUCCGUGGGCUUUGUCGUUCUGUGGCAACAUCUUGACAUGGAAAUUCCCUUCAAGGUGUCCGUGGGCUUUGUGGUUCUGUUGCAACAUCUUGACAUGGAAAUUCCCUUCAAGGUGUCCGUGGGCUUUGUCGUUCUGUGGCAACAUCUUGACAUGGAAAUUCCCUUCAAGGUGUCCGUGGGCUCUGUGGUUCUGUUGCCACAUCUUGACAUGGAAAUUCCCUUCAAGGUUUCCUUGGGCUCUGUGGUUCUGUGGCAACAUCUUGACAUGGAAAUUCCCUUCAAGGUGUCCGUGGGCUUUGUCGUUCUGUGGCAACAUCUUGACAUGGAAAUUCCCUUCAAGGUGUCCGUGGGCUUUGUCGUUCUGUGGCAUCAUCUUGACAUGGAAAUUCCCUUCAAGGUUUUCUUGGGCUCUGUCGUUCUGUUGCAACAUCUUGACAUGGAAAUUCCCUUCAAGGUGUCCGUGGGCUCUGUGGUUCUGUUGCAACAUCUUGACAUGGAAAUUCCCUUCAAGGUGUCCGUGGGCUCUGUGGUUCUGUUGCAACAUCUUGACAUGGAGAUUCCCUUCAAGGUGUCCUUGGGCUAUGUCGUUCUGUUACAACAUCUUGACAUGGAAAUUCCCUUCAUGGUUUCCUUGGGCUCUGUGGUUCUGUGGCAACAUCUUGACAUGGAAAUUCCCUGCAAGGUGUCCGUGGGCCCUGUAGUUCUGUUGCAACAUCUUGACAUUCAAGUUCUCUUCAAGGUGUCCUUGGGCUCUGUUGUUCUGUUGCAACAUCUUGGCAUGGAAAUUCCCUUCAAGGUGUCCGUGGGCUCUGUGGUUCUGUUGCAACAUCUUGACAUGGAAAUUCCCUUCAAGGUGUCCGUGGGCUCUGUGGUUCUCUUGCAACAUCUUGACAUGGAAAUUCCCUUCAAGGUGUCCGCGGGCUUUGUGGUUCUGUUGCAGCAUCUUGACAUGGAAAUUCCCUUCAAGGUUUCCUUGGGCUCUGUGGUUCUGUUGCAACAUCUUGACAUGGAAAUUCCCUUCAAGGUGUCCGUGGGCUCUGUGGUUCUGUUGCAACAUCUUGACAUGGAAAUUCCCUGCAAGGUUUCCUUGGGCUCUGUGGUUCUGUGGCAACAUCUUGACAUGCAAAUUCCCUUCAAGGUGUCCGUGGGCUCUGUCGUUCUGUUGCAACAUCUUGACAUGGAAACUCCCUUCAAGGUUUGCUUGGGCCCUGUAGAUCUGUUGCAACAUCGUGACAUUCAAGUUCUCUUCAAGCUGUCCUUGGGCUGUUCUGUGUCCGUGGGCCCUGUAGUUCUGUUGCAACAUCUUGACAUUCAAGUUCUCUUCAAGGUGUCCUUGCGCUCUGUUGUUCUGUUGCUACAUCUUGGCAUGGAAAUUCCCUUCAAGGUGUCCGUGGGCUCUGUGGUUCUGUUGCAACAUCUUGACAUGGAAAUUCCCUUCAAGGUGUCCGUGGGCUUUGUGGUUCUGUUGCAACAUCUUGACAUGGAAAUUCCCUUCAAGGUUUUCUUGGGCUAUGUCGUUCAGUUGCGACAUCUUGACAUGGAAAUUCCCUUCAAGGUUUCCUUGGGCUCUGUGGUUCUGUGGCAACAUCUUGACAUGGAAAUUCCCUUCAAGGUGUCCGUGGGCUUUGUCGUUCUGUGGCAACAUCUUGACAUGGAAAUUCCCUUCAAGGUGUCCGUGGGCUUUGUCGUUCUGUGGCAUCAUCUUGACAUUGAAAUUCCCUUCAAGGUGUCCGUGGGCCCUGUAGUUCUGUUGCAACAUCUUGACAUUCAAGUUCUCUUCAAGGUAUCCGUGGGCUCUGUGGUUCUCUUGCAACAUCUUGACAUGGAAAUUCCCUUCAAGGUUUCCUUGGGCUCUGUGGUUCUGUUGCAACAUCUUGACAUGGAAACUCCCUUCAAGGUGUCCGUGGGCUCUGUGGUUCUGUUGCAACAUCUUGACAUGGAAAUUCCCUGCAAGGUUUCCUUGGGCUCUGUGGUUCUGUGGCAACAUCUUGACAUGCAAAUUCCCUUCAAGGUGUCCGUGGGCUCUGUCGUUCUGUUGCAACAUCUUGACAUGGAAAUUCCCUUCAAGGUUUGCUUGGGCCCUGUAGAUCUGUUGCAACAUCGUGACAUUCAAGUUCUCUUCAAGCUGUCCUUGGGCUCUGUUGUUCUGUUGCAACAUCUUGGCAUGGAAAUUCCCUUCAUGGUGUCCUUGGGCUCUGUCGUUCUGUUGCAACAUCUUGGCAUGGAAAUUCCCUUCAAGGUGUCCGUGGGCCCUGUAGUUCUGUUGCAACAUCUUGACAUUCAAGUUCUCUUCAAGGUGUCCUUGGGCCCUGUUGUUCUGUUGCAACGUCUUGGCAUGGAAAUUCCCUUCAAGGUGUCCGUGGGCGCUGUGGUUCUGUUGCAACAUCUUGACAUUCAAGUUCUCUUCAAGGUGUCCUUGGGCUCUGUUCUGUGA